AAGGGCAAGUACAAAGUUAAAACAAAGGGCGAAAUUUAUUGUCUUCUUCAACUCCUGUCUUCAUCACUGGAUUCUAUAUUAUUAUAAUCCAAACUCCCUAUUAAUAAUCCAAACAUCCCAAUUUCCCAUUUUCCCCUUUUCUAAAUUCUUCUGAUCGACUAACCAGCGUCAAUUGAAAUGUUUCCAAAAAGAAUCUCUCGUUUGAAUCAAUUGCGGUUGAAUUUUUUAAUGAAUUUUUCAAAUAGUCCAAUAUCAGAAGUCCUAUGAUUCCAUCAAUCAGCGAUUUCUGCAUCAAUUUCUAUGGAAUCACAGAAUUUUCGUGAUCGAAAUUCUGUUAUGUGCAGAUCGAAAAUGGCGAUUAGAGCUUCAGACCCGGCCCGAAGCCCAAAAUUAGGCUCCAAAACGCCGAGAAGAGGUACAUCCAGAUCGGAGGCGGAAAAUCCAUUCCAUUCCGCGGCGGCUACUCAUCGUCUUCCUCGGCCACUGCCGCCGGCGCUAGCUCCUCCUCCUCCGCCUCCUACCUCCUCGAUAGCUCAGUCGCCACCGCCUCCCUAUCUAGCCACACCUCUCUCUCCAGCCUCCGAUUUUCGAAUCAGAAUAUAAACUUGCCAAUAAAGGCGGACAGCAUGUAGUAGAUGCCAUACCUCCCACUAGAGAUCUUGCAAUUUCUCCCUCAGCAUCAAUUUGCAGAGAAUUUGAAAUUGAACGGAUCUUCAAAAUUCUGUAAUAGAAUUUAAGUAAAAAUUUGAAGGGAUAAUUUAGGUCAUUGAUAAAAGUUUAGAGAGAAAUAAUAUUAAAAAAGAACAUAAAUAAGAUAAAAUAUCACAAAUCCCUUAUUCUGAACAAUACGUAUGCCUCGAUCCCAAAUUAUGAAAGAUCAGUUAAUUGAAUCCCUAAUUACGAAAGGUCAGCGAAUUUAACCCCUUAUUCCGAAAUUUCUCUCAGUGAGCGGAGGUGAUUUUACGUCGCGCGCUAUAAUUUAUAUUUUUGAUUCGCUUUGUUUGUUUGUAUUUAUCCAAUUGAGUUGCUUGUUAUCAGAGGCAUUUCAUCGAGCAGCUCGUGUACUGUAACGAGCUCCCACCAUGGAUGUUGAUUCGAAGCCUGGCAUGGAGGAAACUAUACUGGUGGGUGAUGAUCUGAUGAUGGGGCCACCUUCACCGGUAAUUCCUUCGGAGAUAGCAUCACAUGUGCUCGAGGGAGUUGAUCUCUGUGAUGGGAUUUUGCGGAAUUUGUUUCUUUGUCUGCAAAUUAAUGAUAUUGAGCCCUUCUGUCAAGAUGAGAUUGCAAUAUACAAGCAAUGUGCUGAGAGGAGGGAUAAAGAGCUUAGACAGAGGCUGCAAGAUAGUGAGCGGAAACUAGGGAUGUUUAUGCCUUUGAAUCUGGCAAACGAAAGGUCUACUCAGUUGGAAGCAGAAGCAACUCAACUGGAGAGACGCCUAAUUUUGGCAAGUGGAGUCGAAGGCAUGGAAGGGUUUAGACAAAGAUGGAGUCUCCAUGGCCGCCUUACUGAUACCUAGAAGCGGCUGGAAGCCCUGAAGCUAGGGAUAGAGAGUAGAAAGGAAGAUGAAACCGUUGGAGAAUCGAGCACAAAGAAGAAAUGGUUCUUUUGGUGAAGAUGGCCUCCAUAUUGCCAACCUAAGUGAUGGAGGAAUUCAUUACCAGCUCAAACCAAGUUUUCUUUCAUCCAUUUUGUUGUAUAAUAUAGGAAGUGAGAGUAUUCUCAGCAUAGCAUAGCUUUCCAGUUAGCAAUGCUUCCAUGAAGAAAAAAUCAUUUUAGAAGAAUACAAAUAAAAGUAAAUUGUGAUCUUCCUAUUAUGGCAUCUCCUA